AAUGCAAGGCAAGCCAGCGCCAGCCCACGGCCAAGUGAUUAAGCUCAACAUCGUCAUCAGUCAUCAUGCCCAACAAUUUAGGGUGGACAAAAUAAAAUCCUAGAAUUUUUAUUUGAACGUCUUUACAUUUAUAUAACAAUACAUUCCCAAAUUUAAGAUGAUCUCGACUCAAGCCCGAUCUCGAUCUCAUUAUGGACAUACCGUACCUGUUGCCUAGUAGAAGUUCGGCUCCUUCAAUCAUACUGUCUGUCUGGAUCUCUGUACAGUGUCAGCCUCUGCCCUAUAGCUGUGCGCCUGGCCGGCCGGCGCGGCGCGGCCUGCGCCUACCGCCUGGCCUGCGCUGGCUGGCGCGGCUUGAGAAAGGAUCGAUGAGAUUAUUUCUGGCUGAUUGAUUCUUGCGCAAUUCAAAAUGGAAUCUGCCUGUCUGACCGGAAUGAAUGAAAGUUGCAACUCGCUAUAUGCAGAUGGAAGUACAUUCCUGACUGAACUAGAGGUACUGCAAGAAAUAUGUGAAGAGGAAAUAGUUUACAACAAAAAACCUAAUUCUGCAGAAGUAUGUAUUACCAUCCACCCUGCUACAGCUGGGAACAAGGAUGCUCAGUUUGUGUGUCUUUCCCUUGUCAUUUUAGUAACAUCUGAGUACCCUGAUGUUCCUGCAAACUUCCAAUUCAGAAACCCUAGGGGGUUGUCAGAGGAUGAAAUUGAAAGGAUAUCAGGAGAUUUGAAGACACUUGCUGAAGAGAAGAGAGGAAAUGAGAUGAUGUACGAUCUUAUACAGACUGCUAAAGAUUCCUUGACUGAGAAUAACUCACCUAGCUUGCCUUGUACCAUAUGUCAGUGCCAAUUUGAGGAAAGUGAAGUCUUCACCAAGACUUCAUGCUACCACUACUUUCACAAUUUUUGCCUUGCUAAGCUCCUUCAACAUUCAGUGGAAAAUGAGGAAGAAGAGCCCAAAUGCCCUGUCUGCAGAGAAGCCCUUGAAGACACACUCCUAGAGAAGCUGCAGGAUGCUCCAGAACCAAACUAUGAUGAUUGUCCUGAUAUUGAAAUGACACCAGAGUUGCGCCAGUGGCAAGAGGAGAUGAAAGUCGGGUUCGAUCGCCAGAAAGCAAAGGGAGGCCAAAUUGAUAUAGAGGCAGAAAGCAAUAAACAUCUUAUCAGCAUUAGACAUGUUCCUAAUGUGUCAAUAGAUGAUAUGGUUUCCCAGCAACUCAGGAGUUCAUCACCUUCUGCAACAGCUGCAAUUGUUGCAAAGACAUCCCAAGACAACUCCAAGUCUGCUGCAUCACACCCUGAGACAAAGCCCAGAGAUGGAAAACCUGUUUUUGUCCAUAACAAACAUCAUAGUCGACGAGGAGGACAUGACAGUCAUCACCAGGGCUCAAGAGGUCUUGGUGAGGGAAGGGGUCAUCAUAGGUCACAUCCGAGAGGACCGCGACAUUCCGGGAGGGAUGAGAGGCCAGGAUCAAGUAGAGGUCAUCAGAAAUCUGAUCAAAGAAGGACUGGUGAUAGAGAUAGACAAGUGGAAAGAAGAGGGAAUAAUGGACAGAAAGAAGGUGAAAGGAGAGGGGAGAGGUGGACAUCCAAGGUAAAACAGUCAAAUGAAUCAAAAGAAGAUAGUGACAAAGUCAUAAAACAGAAGGAAGAGGAGAUUGGUGAUCAACUGAGGAGCAAGUUUGAGAAGAGAAACAGUGGAGGACAGGCACCAUCAGCCUCUGAAUCCAAAGAGACUAUGGAGGGCCAUCUUGAGGGUGUUGAUGAGAAAGACUUACUUAAGAAGAGAGAUGUAGCUGGGGAGGAAGGAGAAACAAAGGUAUCAUCAGAAGCAGAAACAAAGAAAUUAAAGGAUGUUGAGAUUGAACAAGAAAGGACAAGUACAGGGAAGGAUACUCAAAGGAAAGAAAACCAAAGUGGCAAUGACAUGAAAGCAAUAAGAAACAGGGAACACAGAAAUAAUUACCAUCAUAGAAAUUAUGAUCAUAGGAAAGAUGGUCAUAGAUCUGAUCAUGGUCAAAAUCGUAGGAGGCCUGCCAGAUCUGAUCAUUCAGAUGGAGGCUCCCUAAGAGAGGAUUCUGUUGAAAGACAGGGUGAGGAUCCAAGGUCUGGAUAUAAGGAGAGGGGAGGGAGAACAGGGAGAGGCCAUGGUAGUGCAAGGGGAGGGGCACGGAGGGGUGGUUCUGCACAAGACAUGGGGAGGGGUGCUGAUAGAGCAGGGUCAGGUCGGACUGUAGUUUGAAAUAUUUUUUUUUGGUUCAAUUAUAUCUGCUAUUUUUUUUCAAAUCAAAUAAAAUCAUAAAAAUUUACAAAUAAUAAUAAUAAAGAAAAAAGUGACAAGAACCACUUUUCUUUUUAUUAGAAGACUAUAUUAUAAAUAACCAACGUGAUCUUCAUGAUUAUGUCCAGGAAAGCACAAAUCCUGAGCACAAUUCAAACUCGUAUUUUCAUGGGAAGGUGACUCCCCCUUUCAAGGACCUGCAAUCAGGAACUGGCUCUAUAUCCACCUUUUUAGAGGGAUUGCAAUAUGUUGACCUGUGUGUGCAGAUUAUGUUCCUCUGAUGAAGGUAAAUAUAUGUGCCUAAAUGACUGUAGUAGGGCCCAGACUUGUAAGGUAUUGAACUUAAUUCGAAUUGAUUAAUCACUAUUGAUCUUCACCUUCCAUUCUUUAUCAGUAAUUUAUGAAUGACAGAAUACGUUUAACAUAUUUUUUAAAUCCCAGUUUGAUUAAAUUUUAAUAAUUUUGGUUCAACUCAUUAUAUUUUGAUUGAUAGAUUGAUAUCUUAUCGUGAUGGUUGAAUAUGCGCUAUAUAGUGAUCAUGAAUGAUAUAUUAUUAGGUCAUGCUACAUAGUAAGCAGGAUAACCAUGAAAAGCAUGCCAACAAAAAUUUCAGUGGAGUCAUGAUGUUUAAUUUAAUAAAAUAAAGUUAUAUCCAGACUGAGAGAGAGAGAAAAAAAGAGAAUUACAUCAGGAAAUAUCAGCCCACCUGGCUAACAAAAGAUUGGUUUUUAUUCAGGCUAUUUCAGCCAUUCACCAGAAAGACAUUCUCUAUAGUAUAAAAAAUACAGACAUGGGUCCCAUUUCGACUUAUUAUAAUAACAAAUGUACAAUUUCUAUAACAACUCUACUAUCAGCCAAUCAAAUUGAAUGAUUUCAGUAGAUAUAAAUUGUUCAUUCGAAUUUGCUUUUAUAACAAGUUUUAUGAAAUAGUCCCCCUUUUUCCCUUCAAUUUCUCUUUAUACUGCAGCCUGCAGUUAUUAUAAAGGGAAUUCCAAUUCUUCAUGACCUGUAGUGGUUAAUUGUAACUUAACUGAUAUACAACAAUAAAGACAAGUUUAAAGUCCCAAUCAAAUGUUUUUUUUAAUGUUGCAGUUUCCACUGUAAAGAUUGCUUGAUAUGCAUAUGAGUUAGGACUGCCAGUGGUGGAAAAUAUUUUUCUGUCUAUUUCUUUAUUCAUUUAUUAUAUUAAGUUCAAUAUGAAUGACUGAUUUAGCGUGAUUUGCUAAUGAUAAUGAUAUUUAGUAUUGAGACUCCUGAUAUACAAAUACAAAUAUUUAGACUUGCAUGGGCACAUAUAACUAAAUAAAAGAAUUUGUCUAAACUCCCAUGCAGGAAUCCCACGUGUCACAUUUCAUGACUAAUCCUCAUGUUUUACUCUCUGAUAAAACAUGAUGGAAUUUAGCUAUGAUCUGUAGCAGAAUCCCUGCUUUAAAACAUGGCUCAGAUUUUUAGCAAAAUUCCUUGUCUGUGUUUAUCAGAAGACAAGUUUAUUAGUGUCAUCAUGAGCUGAAUAUGAUUUUAUUUCUAAUUACAUGAUUGAUAUAUACCCAUUGAAGAUAUGUGCUUUAUUUUUU